AUGACGAAAGACCUGACCGGAAAACCCGUCUUUUUCAAGAAAAACACUCUCCUCCGAAGACAGAAACUCGCAGUUCUCCUCCACAGCUCAGAACCAAACGUUUUCAUCACCACCCACCAACAACCGGAAAACAUCGAUCACCGCAGUAGCAACGCCUCAUUACCUAGCCCUGACUUGUCUUCAAAUUCAUCUCCAGUCAUGUCACCAAUCAACCAGAUGCCAUCACCCUACUCCAAAUCUCCUUGGACUGUUCCUCAUGGUAGCAAUGGCGACGAAGGUAGCAUCCACAACACUGCCUUGAUCGGGUCUUUGGUACGUGAAGAGGGUCAUAUUUAUUCGUUAGCGUCGUCGGGUGAUUUGUUAUACACAGGUUCGGAUUCGAAGAACAUUAGAGUGUGGAAGAAUCUGAUGGAGUUUUCAGGUUUCAAAUCGAGUAGCGGUUUAGUCAAAGCGAUAGUUGUUUCCGGUGAUCGGAUAUUUACCGGCCACCAGGACGGGAAAAUUCGGGUGUGGAAAUAUUCAGACAAGAAGAAAAAAGCUUACAAACGCGUCGGUAAUCUACCCACAACGAAAGAUUACAUCAAGAAGUCAAUGAACCCUAAUAAUUACAUUGAAGUAAGACGUCGUCGUAACGUUCCAUGGAUCAAGCAUUACGAUGCUGUUGCUUGCAUGAGUUUGGAUGAAGAACGAGGAUUAUUGUAUUCAGGAUCGUGGGAUAAAACAAUGAAAGUCUGGAGGCUUUCGGAUUCGAAAUGUUUAGAAUCUGUAAACGCUCAUGACGACGCCAUUAAUUCUGUCGUCGUUGGGUUUGACGGUUUGGUUUUUACCGGGUCCGCCGACGGGUCGGUGAAGGUGUGGCGGAGGGAGUUAGUCGGGAAGGCAACGAAACACGUUUUGGUUUACACGCUUUUGGAUCAGGACAGCGCUGUCACGUCUGUGGUGGUGAACACCUCUCAAACCACCGUUUACGCGGGAUCCUCCGAUGGACUGGUGAACUUUUGGGAACGCGAGAAGCAAACGUUAUCACACGGCGGAGUUCUGAGAGGACACAAGCUUGCGGUGCUUUGUCUCGCAACUGCCGGAAACUUGUUGUUGAGUGGGUCGGCGGACAGCAGCAUCUGCGUGUGGCGGAGGGAAGGUGGCGGCAUUCAUAAUUGUUUGUCGGUCUUGAAUGGCCACACUGGUCCGGUGAAAUGUUUGGCGGUUCAGGACUCGAGCGAAGAUGAUGAUCAGAAAAAUCAAGAAUGGAUUGUGUACAGUGGUAGUCUGGAUAACUCGGUAAAUCUAUGGCGGGUAUCAGAACAGCCGGAAAUUACCAUAUGA